GUGGCGGAGCUUCGUGGAGUGCCAAUCCGGGUCUCAGUGAGUGUCGUUCGGGCAGCAGCUAUGGUUCAGACGUGCUCAGCGUAUGGCUGUAAGAACCGCUACCACAAAGACAAAAACAUUUCCUUUCACAAGUUCCCCCUGGCACGUCCUGAUAUUUGUGGUAAAUGGGUGGCGGCGAUGAGGAGGAACAACUUCAAGCCGACAAAGUACAGCAACAUCUGCUCGCAGCACUUCACCAAAGACUGCUUCAAGAGAGAGUGCAACAACCGAGUGCUGAAGGAGAACGCCGUGCCGUCGCUCUUCUUCAACCUCAGCAUUAAGUCAGAGUCCCUGGAGGACCCUUUCCCCUCAGAGAUCCACUUCCCUCUCUCUUUGCCUCUGACUACUGACCCGGCGGCGGAGGAGGAGGACGAGGAGGAGGACGAGGAGGUGGUGGUGGAGGAGCCCGGGAGGAGCCUACCCGACACCCGGGGCGACACGGUGGCCGUCUCCUGCGACCACAACUACACAGUGGAGGAUUCUGCUCGGCAGAAGAAGCGCAUCGAGCAGCUGGAGGAGCAGCUGGGGGGUCUGAGGAAGAAGCUGAAGACGCUGCAGCAGAAGUGUCGGCGGCAGGAGAGACAGCUAAAGAGGCUGAAGGCGGCACGAGAGACACCCAGGACCGGCCGCAAGCCGCCAGCAGCUUUCGGAGAGGGAUACGUGAUUUUACCGAAACACAUCUACAGCACACUGGUUGGUGUUGAGUAACGAGGAGCAGAGAGAGGAGAGACUAGUGUGGUCCAUCUGAGAGGCAGAUUAAAAACUCUUGCACAUUCAAGAUCUGCCUGUGCUGGAGCUGCUGAGCAAGGCUGCAAAGCCCCGAGCUGAGAGCUGAAGGAAUUACUUGUUCAGGAACGCAAAAGCAGAAUGUGGAAGAGUUCAGUUUUCACUUUGUUUGGGGGUUUUUCUACUGUUUGGCCUGCGGUGAAAUGACUCUGAGUCAACUCCCUCUUUAAAUGAAUGGUUCAAAAUUUUGGGUUUGGUGUCAGUGGCAGUUCCGCGCUGGAACUAUUUCUUUUCUGAAAACAGCCGAGUGCUGUGAGGCUGACUCCCUGCAGACAUGUUGUUAGGCAACCAGCAGAGACGCUGCACAGACAUACUGAGCAGAUGGAUAAAAAUGGACGUUCUUCAAAAAAUAGUUUCAACAUGUAACUAAAAUCACAAACUGCUUGUUUGUUUGUGUUUGCGGGUGUAUUUUCAGUUGAGAUAGAGUCAGGCUCCCACUGCUAACCAUGUCCUGUAGUUAACACACAGACAUGAUAUUUAUAUCGAUCUUCUCAUGUAGAAAUAAAGCAAAUGAACAUUUCCCAAUAUGUUGAGUUAGUCCUUCACAGAUCCUGGUGUGGGAUUUGGGGAUGAAGUUGGGCACUAUAAAAAAACAACAAGUGUGACUUCUAUUUAUGUUGUUUGCCUUGAAGGUUUCUUCCUAAAAGAAAAUGUCAUAAAUUGAUAGCUUUUCUUUUUCAGUAUUUUUCUUCACAUAAACAUGAUGAGAAAACGUUUAUUCCACACCGCCUCUAACCAGUAUGUAGUGUCUUCACACUGGGAAGGUGAAAAAAUAAAAUAUACUCAAAAGUCAGUUUGCAGGCAAAUAAAAACUACUGUGCCGUUGAUCAACAAAAAUGUUCUGCCUUGUAUUCAAGUGUUUACCUCCUGAUCUUCACAACAAGAGAUAAAAAGAUUGCCACCGUCAUCACCUUCCAGAGUUGUUACAUCCUGUGUCAGAUUAACCUGCUGCACAGUGUUCUGGUGUCUAAUAAAUCUUUAAACCCAU